UUGAGCCUGGGAACUUUUUUUUUUAUAUAUAUAUAUUGUCUUCUAUUGUCACCCACUCAUACUGAGGAGACUUUUUAAUGGAAUGCUUCUUGGAAGAUCCUUGAGGACAAAAAUAACUGAAAAUAAAAGCUGUCUCCCUAGUUUAGCUGUGUAAUCCACAUCUACCUACUUAUCACUCUGAAAAAUUGCCACAAUGACAGACCCUGCCAUGGUAGAUCACAUGACCCGACUGAAACUCAGACUCCUGGAGAAGAAACUAGAAAACGAACGUGAGACCCUGGAGAAUGUUGAGUCCCCCCUCUCCACAGCAAGGAGUAGCGAUGGACAUGAGGACGCACUGCAGAACGCACUGAGACGAAGGAAAGACCUCCUGCAGAAGCUUAGGGAGCAGCACCUUUUGGAAGAAUUUUCACAGCCCUAUAUGUUGGCAGGAGGCCACAGAAAGAACUACAGACCUAAGCCAGUACCUGUUUACCAGCCGUCCCCUCUGGCACCUGCACCAGAACCACCAAGGAUCAUCCAGCAGACAAUGCCUCAGCAACCUGCAACCAUCAUCCAACAGUUACCUCAGCAGCCACCUCUCAUCACACAGAUCCCGCCUCCACAGCCCCUCCCGGUCCCCCGUUCUGGAAGCAUUAAGGAAGACAUGGUGGAGAUGAUGUUGAUGCAGAACGCUCAGAUGCACCAGAUCAUUAUGCAGAACAUGAUGCUGAAAGCUCUGCCACCGAUGGCGUUCUCACAGCCCGGUGGGACCGGGCCUCCCUUGCUGCAGCACACCCAGCAGGAUCCCCAGUUUGCUGCUCCAGUUGUUGUGAAAGCAGAAAAACCAAGGCCAUCCACAGUGCAUCAUCACCACCAUUACCCUUCCCCAGGAGUGCAGGCCAUUCCUUCUCAGCUGCCCCCAGUUGGCUACUCCAUGUGGCCCCCUGUGAUGCCAUCCAGCCUCAUGGGACAGACUGGAGGAUUCCCAUCCGCUGUGCAUCACAUGUCUGGCCCAACUAGCACCUUCCCUGCAAUGCACACUGUAGUACCCGAUGGACUCCUCCACAGCCUGCCCCCGGGUUUGUAGACUCCUCAAGCCUCUAGCAAAGGUGGCUAGUGAGUGGACAUGGACUGUAUGCGUCACCCAUGCACGUGGAGCAUAGCAUCACUGGAGACGACUUUCUUUAGAGAGUUCCUAAAAGAUUCUGGCUGACAGGAAUCUGCUUUAUAAAUAGUCACGUGCCAUUAGUGAAGCUGACAACCAAGGGAGAGGUAGCAGAACUGUGUAAUAAACU